CUCGGACCAUGCUCAUCAUCAUCAUGAGCCCAGACGAUCGGCCAACUUCAGCGGCAAUCUCGCCGCGAUCGAAAUGUCCGACUCGCAACUCUUUGUUGGCGCAGGCUGGAACCAACGAGAUGGUUUUUUUCUGGCAAGAAAGCGCCAUUCGUUGCGUCGCGAGCGGUAAAGGCACUUGUCGGGACGAUCGGUGGUGGACAAGGGGAUCGGUGGGUGCAUUUCAAUCACAUCACUUCCUUACCACAUAUCCGACACGGGGUGCAGCGACGUCUGUGGCGCAGGGGCGUCCGGCGCCGUUGUGAAUUCAUACUGCAAGAUGCAAGACUGACCAGAGUCAAACUUGUGGCCAAAGUCGGACGGGCGGUGGGUGGCGCUGCUCGGCCACGUGCCUCCAUCGACCACACGGUAGCCGGCAGGCAUGCAGUACCUAUUGCAGUGCGUCCAAUUCGUGGAUGCCACUAGUGAUGACGUGGCAUCGUCCCAGAGCAUCUGGUGUACGUCGUUGUUGCCUGUGGUGAGUUCGUACAGCCCACGGCCGUACCGGACGUCAAAGGCCACGAUGCUUUGGUUGGUGCCGCCGAGAAACAAAACAGUCCCGUCGUCGGAGAGUGCCACGGACGUGUUUAUUCCAUCGGCCCUCGACGUGGAUUCAAACCGAGCAGUGGGGGUGCACGUCCGUGCGUCCCACAAGUAGGCAUGGUGGAUGUCGCAAGUCGCAAUUGCCAGGGCGGACGAGGUGAACAUGUUCUGCACCGGGUGCAGGUGGCCAAAAAAGCGCUGCGAAAGCACUUCUGUUCGGAGAUCCAGCGCCCCAAACACUGGGCUUUCAGUGAACGCAGCCAAGACACCCCGCUCGUAGAACGGAACAACUUGGCUUACGUGUCGAUUGUCCAGAGGCAGCACGUAGGUUGGCGCUGUGCCCACCGAGACUUCGAUAGCAAAAGGAUUGUCAACGACGAACUCACUCCCGCCAUAUUGAGGACGCAGAUCGAGCCAUGGACCCGCGGAGGCGCCAUCGAUGUCACCGAUCUCGUAGUCUUCCAGCGUCGGUUGGGCCGUUUGACGCGGCAAACACGACAAACUGGACCACACACGCAAUCCCGCAUGUGCUGCUGUACCGGUGGGAAGCAAGCCGGCGCAGGCGGCCACGAGGGUGUCAUGGAAGAUGGCCAUCGAAGUAACCCUCGCGUUCACAUCGCCACAGGAGAGCGUGGUGUACAAUUGCCCACUUGCAAGGUCGAAUGCUUUCACGCGGCAGUCGCCAGAAAUCCACACGUGCUGAUCGUUCAUGGCCAAGGCUGUUCCAGGAGUGUAAAGCCCUGUGUCGACUUCGAUCGCGCUUUGGACUUGGAUUCGGCCACCGUCGUUGGGAGUGGUCGGGUGCACCAGUGGAAACAGAAUGAGCUGGGCAUCAUUCAUAAAGCCAGCUCCAUAGGCUGCCAGAAUCGACGACGACAUGGCAAUGCCAUUGUAUUGUGCAGGAGGGAUUUGGGAUGUCGUCUGGUACAGGUUGCAGCACCCGUGAAAUAUCGGCAAGUCCAUUGCAUCGUAAGUGAACGACUUGGCAAAUCGCGCGAAGCGGCCACAGAUUUCAGAAGGUGGUGGGGGGCAUGUGGUGGAAGCUUUUAGCGAGAGCUGGCACUGGGCUGGGACAAGCCCAAGCAUGCGUUGGAUUCGUUGACCUAUGCGAGUUGUGGGGGUAUCAGCUUCGACGCGGGGAAUGCCGAGGACAUUAGCUUCGUCCACGAUGCAAAAGCCAUUAAGUGAGGCCACCCACAGCGCAUCAAAGCGGUCGUGGAUUGGGGAUACUUGGCGCUCCACGAUCUGUGUUUCGAGUCGUUCGACAGGGUCCAACGGAUCCCACCGCCACGUCAACGUUCUUUGCACUUGCCACGCUUCAAGGAUAGUGCUGCGCAACUGUUCGUUGUCGUCCGAGUCGUACGCAGACGACUCGUCGCUACUAUCGUCCAAAUAGCCAUUGUCAAUGUAGAAGUGUCCUUCCAAUUCGCGGUCGCGGCCGUGCCAUCCAAACGACGCCAUCGC